CACCCAUUUCCCUCUUCCCGCAGCACGCUGUCAUGUCCGACGUCUUCAGGCUACUCGCAGGCGGCGGCGGUGGCGCGCGCUUCGACAAGCGCCGCUUCGCAGACGACGUCAGCAUCUUCACCGGCGCGCCCGCCACGGACGCGGCCGCGGCGUCGUCGAGCAGCAGCAAGGCCGGCAGCUCGUCGGGCACGAAGCUGAGCCUGCCUGCCGAUCUCGACUUCUUCGGCGGGGCUUCUGCGCAGCCAGCAACUGCUGCUGGAAAGGCCGGCGACGCGAAGGGCAAGGGCAAGGCGAAGCCUGAGGCAGACAGUGGCACUGCCACGGAGCCCCUGACACGCGCGACGGUCGGUGCCUUCCUCAAGGAGCACCGCCUCAAGCUGACGGGCACGGACGCGCCCCUGCCGCUCGCAUCCUGGGCUGAGCUCUCCUCUCGCUGGAACGCGCCGGAGUGGCUGGCGCAAGCACCAGCAAAGGCGGGCUUUGCUGCGCCUACGCCUGUGCAAUGCGCAGCGAGCGCAGUGCUGCUUGAUGACCGAGACUUGCUCGCUGGCGCACCGACUGGCUCCGGCAAGACGAUGGCGUACCUCAUUCCGCUGCUGCACCACCUGCGCGGCCCGAAGCCGGGACCUGUGCGUGCGCUCAUUGUGGCGCCGACGCGCGAGCUGGCCACGCAGAUCCACGAUCAGCUGCGCAAGAUCUCCGGCCCGCGCGGAGUGCGCGCCUGCGUGCUGACGAAGGCGAAUGAGGGCAAUCUGAAGCAGGGCGAGGGGAAGAAGGGCAUUUUUGACGUCCUCAUCACGACGCCAAUGCGUCUGGUGAACGCGCUUGAGGCCAAGGAGGUCGAUCUCUCAGGUGUGCGGCAUCUCGUCCUCGACGAGGCUGACCGCCUCCUUGAGGAGGGCUUUCUUGAGCAGACCGACGCAGUCCUUGCCGCCUGCUCGCAUCCCGAGCUGCGCAAGGCGCUCUUCUCAGCCACGCUGCCAGCUGGCGUCGAGGAGAUGGCUCGCACGUUCAUGGUCGAUGCCGUGCGCGUCAUUGUCGGCACAAAGGAUGCAGCCAACGAGAGCAUCAACCAGACGCUCACCUACGUCGGCUCGGAGGAGGGCAAGCUGCAUGCUCUGCGCGCGCUGGUUCACGAGGGCAAGCUCAAGCCGCCAGCGCUGCUGUUCGUGCAGUCGAUUGCACGCGCCCGCGAGCUCUUCCAGGAGCUUGUCUACGACGGCCUCCAUGUCGAUGUGAUCCACGGCGAGCGGCCGCGUGCUCAGCGCGAUGCCGUCGUGGACGCGUUCAAGCGCGGCGACGUGUGGGUGCUCAUCUGCACGGAGCUACUGGCCCGCGGUAUCGACUUCAAGGGCGUCCGGCUAGUCAUCAACUACGACUUUCCGCAGAGCACGCAGGCCUAUAUCCACCGCAUCGGACGUAGUGGCCGUGCGGGACGGCAGGGCGAGGCGAUCACCUUCUACACCAAGGACGACGCACCGCAUCUGCGCAGCAUCGCCAACAUCAUGAAGAACUCGGGCGCCGAGGUGCCAGAGUGGAUGCUCAGCCUGAAGAAGUCCAGCCAGAACGCACGCAACAAGCUGAAGCGACAGGCGCCCGAGCGCAUCGACGUGCGCGUCGCUGCCGGCUCGACGCUCGGCCGCAAGACGGCCAACAAGCGCGCCGACAUGGUGCGCGCCUCGAAGCGCCGGACUGCCGCUGCUGCUAGCAGCGAGGCGCCCGCCCAGCCGGGCGAGCAAGAGGCACCGGCAGCGCCGCCGACCAAGACGAAGAAGCGCAAGCUCGCUGCUGGCGCCGCCGCCGAGGAGUCGUAGGCGCGGCGGAGGCGCUCUCGUUCAAUGACUUUUCAUUCUCCAGACGAGGCUUGCAGAUGUGGGAUGUGCGGCGGCAUGCGGCAGGCCAUGCCUGCGGCGAAAGAGAGAGAGGGUGGGAGAACACGAGACGGAGAGAA